AUGACGACCGUUGCAUGGAUACACAUAGAUCGUCAAAUGAUAGUCACGAUACACAGACAUGUAAUUUCCAGAAUUCCCCGGUUUAGUGUAUCACAUGAUAACGCAAAAACCUGGCUACUUCAUGUAAGCGACGUUCAGCAAGAAGAUCGUGGUUAUUACAUGUGUCAAGUUAACACAAAUCCGAUGAUAAGUCAAGUAGGAUACCUUCAAGUUGUAGUUCCCCCUACAAUUCUUGACACACAUAGCACACAAUCAACAGUUGCUGUAAGGGAAAACCAAAAUAUUAGUUUAGUGUGUAAAGCAGACGGUUUCCCAGAGCCAAAGAUUAAAUGGAAAAGGGAGGACAGAGCCGAAAUAAGUGUAGAUCGAAGAAGAAAAGUGAAGGAAUACGAAGGCGAGCAAUUAAAUAUUACCCGUAUCAGCAGAACAGAGAUGGGGGCGUAUUUAUGCAUUGCCUCAAAUAGAAUACCACCGUCAGUGAGCAAGCGAAUAAUCGUGGAUGUUGAAUUUCCUCCAAUGAUUUGGGUCCCGAAUCAAUUAGUUGGAGCGCCGGCUGGUAAAGAUGUAACUAUUGAUUGUCAUACCGAGGCGUAUCCACGAGCAAUUAGCUAUUGGGUGUACAACAACCUAAUGUUAUUACCGACCAAAAAAUAUGGAACUGAAACCACGGAAAAUAGUUACCGAACUUACAUGAAACUGACGGUGCGGAAUCUACAAAAAGAUGACUUUGGGAAUUAUCGGUGUAUUUCGAAAAACUCCCUAGGAGAAACGGAAGGAUCAAUAAGGCUCUAUGAAAUGCCCGUAACAUCUACCCCUCCCAGAGCAACAGAAAUGAAAAGUAGCUCAACUAAAGACACCAGCGUUGGAAAGCGUAAUGUCAGCCGGCCAAGUGGCCUGGAAGAAGCCCCUAAAGUGGUCAUGGUGUCAUCCUCAAAUGUGCGUGACAUCCAACCUGAAAACGACGAUGACUACAAUCUCGUUCCAGGCCAAGGGCCUAUACCACAGCCCGGUCCUCAGGGAUCAGGUUGUAUCCAAAGAUUUAAAUGGUCUACUUCAGCGGUCGUUCUGACUGCACAGGUCUAUUUAACAGGAAUGCUUGUACAACCCUAAGCAAAAAAUAUUUUUAUAAAUAUGUGAUGAUAAGUUAAUAAUAUAAAAGUAGAUUGUUUGUAUAAAAAUCCUCAUGUUUCGAAAAAUUUUUUGCAAAAGACUGCUCCAGUCUUUUUUUUUUGGUUGUCGAAAACAAUUACGUUACUAGAAUAGGUAUAUAUAUAUACCUGCCACUCCACCGAGAAGAAGAACCUUCCCUGUUUGUUCUAUAGAUAUCAGUAGGUAAAUUUAACUAACUUGCAUGGAAUUUGCGAAAUUUAAGUUUCAAAUCCCUCCUGCUACACAUAUCAGUAUAUCGAAAUCAUAGUCUAAGUCCAAAAAAAAAAAUCAAAUGCUCGGGAAAUCAAAAAAGAAAAAAACACUGGCUUUUCUUAAAACUAUAGAUACGAAUUUCCGCAACAAACCCUAAUACAACGUACUAACAAAUGCUUGCAGGAAAUAGACGAAGUGGAAAAUAAGUUGAAAGAAACGACCAAGUAUAUACGAAAUUUCUCCACAUUUGCGAACCUAGAUACAUUCACACAUUAGAAGUAAAUGUUUCUUUUUAAUUUAGUAACUACGGAAUUUGUUCAAACAAUAACACGGAAUGGGAAAAGAGCGCUUAAAUAGGGACUGCAUACAUAUAUUAUCCGGGCCAAAUUUUAAAACUACAUUAUCAACAUGUUCCAUUCUUUGGAUUUCCAAAAAAUGAGCAAACUCGACUAAUCUAAUAUAUCUACAUUUACCAAACACGUUUCUAGUUAAUAAAAACUAAUAAUGUUAAUAUAUGUAUAUUUGAAAUGAAAUUGCACAAUGCAAACUGAGCAAAAAUUGUUCCACAAUUUUUGUAUUUGAUGUGAUAAAAAAAUAUCGGAAAUACGUUAUUUAUAUAAUAUCAUUUCUCACUUCGUUAGAAAUAAUGUAAUAGCCUGAUAAGUAGAUAAUUUUCCAUCUGUAAGCUUUAUUAUAGGUAUAGGUGACAGUGACUACUUUGAUUAAUUCUUGAACACAGGUUUUUCACCCGAUUAAAACAACCCCAAUUAAAAUUUCUUUUACUUCUUCUUAGCAGUAGGUCGGUACAGUACUGAAUAGAAAAUGGAGACUGUGGAAAAUGAAUAACAAACUAAAAAAGAGACUCUGACAAGUUUUCACUAACACUUUUCACAGCAAAUACAUACGUGUUUCAUGCACUUCCAAUAUGGACAUUAUUAUCGAUGCGAAAGUCUCGCAUGAGAACUGGAUGAAACGCUUUGAAAAAUGUUACUGCUAACAUACUUCGCCCUCUUCAAAUGCAGGCAUUAUCAAUGUAAGACUAGCAUCAACGCGAGAGUAACUAAUCAUAAGUCUCGCGUUGAUAAUCCCUACAUCAGAAGUGAGCGAAACACGUACCUGCUUUGAGACGUAUUGACCACUAACACUUCACAGCGAAAAACUGUAUCGCCCUCUUCAAAUGUGGGCAUUAUCAAUGUGAGACUAGCAUCAACGCGAGAGUAACUAAGCCUAAGUCUCGCGUUGAUAAUCCUCACAUCAGACGUGAGUUUUUAAAUGUGUUGACUACUAACACAAUAACCAGGCUGAGUCUCGCUUUUAGAUUAGUAGAGUACUUACCCUCCCUACGAAAUAAUUAGGUAUUUUAUUGAUAAAAAACGCAUACAUAUUACUAACAAUAAUAAUAGAAUUAAUUAAAGUAUUCUAAAUACGAGGGGUAUAAUUCAUUUUGUUUAUCAUCACUGUAGUCUUUACAAUCUAUUCGUAAACCUGUAAACAUAUCGUAAUGUGCUGCUUGUGAAACGUAUACUUCUUGUUACAAUUUCUUUCAUCCACUACCCCUUGUAGUUAAAUUUUGAUGAAAUAUUGUUUAAUUUCCGUACCGGUUAAAAUCAUGAAAAAAGGUAGUCGAACUAUGUAUAUAUUAUAUUUAGCAAUAUUAUUCAAAUUCGAAACAUUUCAUUUCAAAAAGUGCCAAAUUAAUUUAAAGUAAAAUAAUGUUUAGGUUUUUAGCACAGAAUCUAUUCCUUUUUCUAGAAAAUUUUUAGCAGAAUCACUAUAGAUAAUAAAAAAUACAUUCCAGAAACUAGUUUAAAAUGAGUUACCAAUUAAAUGACAACGUUGCUGUCUUACUGCUAAAAAUUUUCUAGUGUAAGU